AUGGCAAUAAUAUCACACGAUAGUGGCGCGAACGCCACAAUAAAUAGCAAAGAGCAGAGUCCAGAAACACAGACGCCCAGCAGCACGCCCGUCAUCAGAACGCCACAACCACCACCACCACCACCACCAGAUGGGGGAUUGACGGCUUGGCUGCAAGUACUUGCCGGCCACCUCAUCGUCUUCAACACCUGGGGCUACAUCAUCAGCUUUGGCAUCUUCCAGCCCUACUACGAGCAGCAGCUCGCGCUCGACCCUUCUGCCGUGUCCUGGAUCGGCAGCGUCCAGAUCUGUCUCGUUCUCCUCGUCGGCGCCUUUUCCGGACGCCUGUUUGAUGCCGGCUACUUUAGGCAGAUGCUCGUCGUCGGCGCGCUCCUGCAGCUCGUCGGCAUCUUCGCCGCCAGCGCGGCCACGCGGUACUGGCAGCUGUUCCUGGCGCAGGGCGUCUGCCAGGGACUCGGCUGCGGCGCCAUCUUUGCGCCCACAGUGGCCAACACGUCGACGUACUUUGCGACGAGGCGCACCCUGGCCAUUUCGGCGAGCGCCUGCGGCGGCGCCACGGGCGGCAUCGUGUUUCCGCUCAUUGCGCGGAAUCUGCUGCACAGUAUCGGCUUUGGCUGGACGAUGCGCAUCAUGGGAUUUGUGGUCUUGGCCGUAUAUGGCAUUGUGCUGGUCUGUGUGCGGACACGGCUGGCUCCGCGCAAAGCAGGGGCGUUUAUUGACACGACGGCUUUUCAGGAAGCGACAUAUAUGCUUUUUGCCAUUAGCAUGUUCAUAACGCUAUGGGCAACUUAUUUUGUGUACUUUUAUGCCCGCGCAUAUGCCGUCAAUGUGCUCAAGGGUUCGCAAGUCGACUCUUUUAAUAUGCUCAUCGUCAUCAACGCCGUUGGCAUCCCGGGGCGACUUGUUCCGGCAUAUCUGGGCGACCGGUACUUUGGCGCAGUCAACGUAUUCUUACCCACAGUGUUUGCCAUGGCCGUGUGCGUCUACGCAUGGAUCGGCGUAAAAACCAUCACGGACGAGUACAUUUGGAUCAUAUUCCUGGGCUACUUUGGUGCCGGCAUUCAAGGACUCUUCCCGGCGACACUGGCCGGCCUCACCAAGGACCUCAGCAAGAGCGGAACGAGAAUCGGCAUGAUAUUUAGCGUCGUGAGCAUAGCCGCUCUGACUGGACCUCCGCUGGCUGGAAAGCUGAUUGACGUGAGAGGCGGGAGCUACCUUGGUGCGCAGCUCUGGGGAGGCACAUGCCUGGUCGUUGGUGGCUUGAUACUGGCUGCUGCGAAAUUUUUCAGCGUAAAGGAGACGGUUUGA